GUCGGUCGAGAUAAGCUUUUGCAGAAAGUGUGGAUACUGAUGCAAGCAUCCACCGGGUUUGAUACACUCAAAUCUCUCUUCGGUGACCUGGCAGACAAAGACAGAGAAAUUCCUUUUUAAAAAGCCCUUGGUAAGACAUUGUUCUGGGCAAAAAUCAGCCAAAGCAGCUGUCUCAGUACACAUACAACGCAAGCAAAUCCGUCCAUCAUUUGCUCAGUCAAGUCCAUCGCUGCUUUGGAUGUUGUUCUGACAUUGGAGCUGGAACAGAGUAAACGUGAACUUACCAGAGUUCCAGGCACACUUGGCAGCCAGCGGUCCACGCGGCACAUUUCCAACUUCACUUCCGUCAGCGGCACUUGCCGAGCCAAAUAUCGACCCGAAACUCGACUACAAAACUUGCUCUCCCACCCUCUUUCAAAAUGACAACAUCCCUCCCCUACCGCCGCUCCUCUCGCCAGGCGUCGUCGAGGCAGGCGAGCAUGGAUCCUCGUAACGAGAUCAGUGUCCAGAUGGAUCACUUUAUCGGUGUCGACGUGGGAACUGGAAGCGCGCGCGCUUGCAUCAUCGAUGAUAAAGGUGACAUCGUCGGCUUAGCCUCAGAAAACAUUGGUUUAUGGCAGCCCCAGCAGGGAUACUAUGAACAAUCUACAACCGACAUCUGGCGUUGCAUCUGCAUUUCAGUCCAGCGUGCUAUAAGUCAGCACAACAUUAACCCAGGAUCAAUCAAAGGUAUCGCAUUCGACGCCACUUGCUCCCUAGCAGUGUUUGCAGAGGAUACCGACGAGCCCCUGUCCGUGACUGGUCCCAAUUUCGAUACCGAGCGCAACAUCAUCCUGUGGCUCGACCAUCGACCCGUCCAAGAGACAGAAAAGAUCAAUGCUACAGGCCACAAUUUGCUUCGCUAUGUGGGAGGGAAGAUGUCCAUCGAGAUGGAAAUUCCUAAGGUUCUAUGGCUGAAAAAUAACAUGCCGAAGGAGCUUUUCGACCGGUGCAAGUUCUACGAUCUCGCCGAUGCUUUGACCCACCUUGCCACAGGAAAUGAAAAGAGGAGCUUUUGCAGUGUAGUCUGCAAGCAGGGAUAUGUCCCUGUCGGUGUGGAUGGCAGCGUGAAGGGGUGGCAGGAAGAUUUUCUGAAGGACAUCGGGCUGGAGGACCUUACAAAGGACAAUUUCAGGAGAAUGGGCGGCGUCAUUGGCCAAAACGGAGAAUAUCUUAGUGCUGGAGAGUUGGUUGGUACGCUCUGUGAAAAGGCCGCGAGUGAGCUCGGUCUCCCUCCAGGAAUCGCUGUUGGAAGUGGUGUCAUUGAUGCAUACGCUGGGUGGAUCGGUACCGUUGGUGCAAAGGUUCAACUGAGCGCUGAUCUACUCAGCUCCGAUGCGGCAAAGAAUGACAAAACUCAAGCGUUCACACGACUUGCUGCCGUGGCUGGAACCUCUACAUGCCAUCUUGCCAUGUCACCUAAUCCGGUCUUUGUCCCUGGAGUGUGGGGUCCAUAUCGCGACACGAUUAUCCCGGGCUACUGGAUGGCUGAAGGUGGCCAAUCAGCCACUGGCGAACUGCUCAAGCACGUUAUCGAAACCCAUCCUGCAUUCAAUCAAGCGCUCUCGAUCGCUGAGUCCUAUCACACAAACAUCUACGAUUACCUCAACGAACAUCUCAAAGAAUUAGUUGCGGAGUCCAAUGCUCCUAGUGUCUCUUACUUGGGUCGUCAUUUCUUCUUUUACGGCGACCUCUUCGGCAACCGUUCGCCAAUUGCAGAUCCCACCAUGUCAGGCUCCGUUAUCGGUUUAUCGAGCGAUAAGUCAGUCAGCGGCCUUGCUCUCUACUACUAUGCCACUCUAGAAUUCAUCGCCCUUCAGACACGGCAAAUUGUCGAGACUAUGAACAAAACUGGUCACAAUAUCACGUCCAUUUUUAUGUCUGGCUCCCAGUGCCAGAAUGAUAUCCUUAUGUCGCUUAUUGCUUCGGCUUGUGACAUGCCCGUGUUGAUACCUCGAUAUGUGCAUGCAGCUGUGUGUCACGGUGCUGCUAUGCUUGGCGCUAAAGCUGCCAGUGCGGAUAAAGACGGUAAAACUGAAGACUUGUGGGAUAUUAUGGACCGAAUGAGCAAGCCUGGUAAAGCAGUGCAUCCGACAAAGGAUAAGUUUGAAAAAGCAUUGCUAGAGGUGAAGUAUAAAGUGUUUUUGGAGCAGUGCUACCAGCAACAGGAAUACCGGAAGAAUGUGGAUGCGGCAAUCGUAGGCUGGAGUACUUAGCAUCAUCAGGACUUUGGACUGGUGGUCUUAGAGCAUUAUAUGGAAGUCUCGAAUUUGGGACCAUGAGAAAACGAAACAAUGCAUACUUAGAAAAUGAACGCCAAAAGUCUUUGUUGAGACCGGA